UCAUCAUUUCUAUUGUGUGGUUUCCAAUGGCAGACUCCUCCGCACUGUGCUACAACAAUCUUCAGGGCAAAGUAGCCAUUGUGACUGGCGGUGCAAGCGGCAUCGGCGAGGCCACUGUGCGCCUUUUUGCCGAACAUGGCACACGCAUGGUCGUGAUCGCCGAUAUCCAAGACCAACUGGGUCACCAAGUAGCCACAUCCAUCGGCAUACACAAGUGCAACUACAUCCACUGUGAUGUUGCUGACGAGGACCAAGUCAAAGCCUUGGUGGAAUCAACCGUCCAGAAAUACGGCCAGCUCGACGUCAUGUUCAGCAACGCUGCAAUUGUGAGUCCCUCCGAUCAGACCGUCCUCGAGCUUGACUUCUCACAGUUUGAGCGGUUGUUCGCAGUCAACGUGCGUGGCAUGGCCUUGUGCGUGAAACACGCGGCGCGUGCAAUGGUCGAAGGGCGCGUGAGGGGGAGUAUCGUGUGCACGGGGAGCGUGGCUGCUAGCCACGGCGCGAGGAAGCGAACCGAUUACUGCAUGUCAAAGCACGCAGUGGUGGGCCUGGUUCGAUCAGCGAGCGUGCAGCUUGGGGUGCACGGGAUUAGAGUGAACUGCGUGUCACCGAAUGGUAUCGCGACGCCGUUGACGAUCCAGGUGCAUCGGAAGAGCGCGGAGGAGGUUGAGAAGGUGUAUGAGACAUACGCAAGGCUGAAAGGGCAUGUGCUGAACGUGAAAGAUGUGGCGGAUGCUGUGCUCUUCCUUGCUUGUAAUGAGUUUGUGUCUGGACAUGAUCUGCUGGUGGAUGGUAGCUUUGUACGUGGGUAGUAGUUUGUAAUUGCAGCAUAAAUAAACUGUAUCGCACUAGCUUCUGUGCAUGUUACAAUAAAAUCCUCCCGAUUUAUCAACA